AUGUCCACGUCUCAACAGCCGCCUGAGAAUCAAGCCCUCCGCCUCCUUGCCCUGGACGGUGGCGGUGUGAAAGGCCUCACUUCCUUACUGAUCCUUCGCCGGUUGAUGUUGCAGCUGAAGAGAGAUGCUACAGAUCCGGACGAACCUGUACCGCGGCCAUGCGACGUCUUCGACCUCAUCGGGGGCACUUCGACAGGAGGCCUUAUCGCCAUCAUGCUCGGCCGAUUAGGCAUGACCGUUGACGAGUGUAUAGAGACAUACAAGAAAUUUGGCAAGACGGUGUUUGGGAAAAAGAAGGCAUUUGGCAUAGCAAGGACAAUGUUCAGUGGGAGCAUGUACGAGACCGAGGAUCUUCAGACUGCUAUCAAAACUUUGGUAGCAGAACGUCUUAAACAAGAGGAGGCCCCCUCCAGAGCAGAUACUGACAAUACGAGGGCUGCGAACACGAUUGCUGCUCCUCGAGGAGAUCAGGCCGUACAGGCAUCUUCCUCAUCGUCCGGAGAAGGGGCUCAAGAUCCAGAGGAUGCCCCGCUCAAUGAUAUUCGCGUGAAGGGCGUUACGGGAAAUUGUCGAAUGUUUGUUUGCGCAACACGAAACAAGACCUUCAAUUACGAACUCAUCCGAAAUUAUACUAGUGGAAAGCCGGACCAGGUUGACUACGAUUGCACAAUCUGGGAGGCUGGAUCUGCGACUGCCGCUGCUCCUAUGUUUUUUGGUCCUGUCACAUUCCAAAAGUCCAAAGCAAAGUUCUCCGAUGGAGGUACCACAAUCAAUUGUCCUCUUCCUGAAGUUGUCAAUGAAGCUAGGCGUUUGUGGAACAGUCCCCAGUUUGCAUGUAUUGUUAGCCUUGGAACAGGAUGGCCUGCUAACACGAAGGUCAAAUCGGGGCUGCUGGGUUUCCUAGGACAGACUGUCAAAGUUCUCACUGAUGCUCAGAAGAAGUAUGAAGAAUGGGUACGUGGCAAUCGAGACGACCUCAAUAUCAAAGAGAGUUACUUUAGAUUCAAUGUUGAGCAGGGGAUGGACCAGCUCAAAUUGGAUGAAUGGGCAGAGACGGAGGAAAUGACAGCGCUGACAGAUUCCUACCUCGGCCAAGAUAAGCAUAUGAAUGAGGUCGAGCGCUGCGUGAAACUGCUGCGGAUCACCGAUUCUGUAAAUGAAAGCGCACAGAUUGCUGUGCGCGAAAGUCGACAGCGGAGAAUCUUGGACCAACUCCGUUUUCGCGAAAUACACGCCCGUCACGAAGAGAUAAGACUGGCCCAUCGAGAAACUUUCGAAUGGCUUUUUCACGAAACACAGCCAGGGGAGACAUUUUGGACAAACUUCAUGGAAUGGUUGCAAAAUGACAACAGCAUAUAUUGGAUCAAUGGGAAAGCCGGAUCCGGUAAAUCAACUCUCAUGAAAUUCAUCAACGACGACCCACGACUCAUGAAAGCGCUGAGAAUGUCUCCCUGGGCCGAUGGUCGCCCGGUCAUCAAAGCGUCCUUCUAUUUCUGGUACAAUGGAACAUCGAUGCAAAAAAGCCGGAAAGAACUUAUGCAAUCCCUCUUACUCCAAAUUUUGGAGCUCCAGCCGCAUCUAAUAUCUAUUAUAUUCCACGAAGUUUUCGCGCUUUCAGAUAAUGAUUUCGAUUUCGAGAAGUUUUCUACCGAAGCGGAAUUGAUGCGGGCUCUUAGGGAAACCCUAGAUCAGCCUGAACGGACAUCAAAUUUCAUCUUUCUGAUUGAUGGGCUGGACGAAUAUUAUGCCUCCGAGCAAGAAAUGGUUACCCUCACUGAUCUCUUUCAAUCUUUGGCGGCUCUACCUCGCGUCAAGUUUGUGCUGUCAAGUAGGCCGCUGCCCGCCUACUCCCAAGCUUUUCAAGCAGGAGCCAGUCUUGAGCUUCAGCAUGCGAAAGGGGUUUUUCGAUGGGUCGAUCUUGUCAUGGAGGCUAUUCUCGAAGGGAUUCGUCACUGCAACACGCUUUAUGAACUGCAAGAGGAAGUGAAGAGGCUUCCUCCGGACCUCAUACCCUUCUACGGGCACAUGUGGAACGGCAUCAAGCCGGAGUACCGCAUCGAAGCCUCGCAAUUGUUCCAGCUUGUGCAGAAAGCCAUGAUGUAUAAUAAUAAAGAACAACACAAUCGGGGUUACGAACAAUCACAUAGAGCCGUGACUCUAUUCCUCGCCACGACCGAAGACCCUGACCAACAGGUCUUUGCUCGUCCGAUUCUGCCACUCACUACCACUCGGAAAGCUGACCUGGCGAAGUUGAUGGAAGGCAGGUUACGAAGUAGGUGUAUGGGGCUCCUCGACUUCCAUCGUGCUGAAUCUGAGACAAAUGUUCCCGAUGAACUCAAAUUGGCCGAUGCAACAGUUCAGCUUGCGAAUAGAUCGGUGUCCGAAUUUCUGGAGAUCCGAACAGACAUUCUUGCAUGCACGGAAAGGACCGGGUUUGACGCUAGGGUUAGCCUGAUGAGAUCCUUCGUGCGGCAGAUCGAAGCCUGGGAACCUGAAACUCCCAAUGAUUCUGACUAUCACACGUCCCAUGGUCGCCGGUCCAUAUGGAAUUUGGUGGGCAAUACCAUGCGUCUUGCAUAUCAGGCAGGAACGUCUCUGAGCGAGCUUGAAGUAACUUUACUUGAUCAUAUGGACAGUGUGGUCCAAGCUCGCUGCCAGACCUAUAUCAACGACCACUGGGACGUCGUUUCAAAACAUUCUGGACUGAACAAAAAGUGCAGAGCGAAGCACUGGUCUGAUUUCGUUCCCGAAGACUACCAGAGACCUGUUCCAUGGCAUGACAGUUUCUUGAGUUUGGCAGUAAGGCAUGGAGCAAUUGGCUAUGUUCAACAAAGUCUGAUGAAAGCUGAUUUUUUACGGGUGCCUAAGCCUACUGGCGGAUUUCUGGAUCGUUUCAUGUACAGCUUGGCACCUUUUCGAGCCAACAUCAAUCAGCUCUCCAAACCUGGACGCCCUCUCCUCGACUAUGCAGUCAUACCAGAGCCUGCUUAUCCACUAUGUACCAACGCCAUAAACCCAGACCUGGUUGAGCUUUUGCUGGAUUAUGGUGCAAAUCCCAAUGAGGCGUUCAAUGGCUCGACUCCAUGGCAGAAUGCUCUUGACACUGUCAAGAAUGGCCAAGCUGGCUGUUUCCAAGAUUGGGCCAAGAUUUUAGAGCUUCUUAUUGUGCGUGGCGCUGAUCCUAAUGCGUACUGCAAAUCGUGGAAGAAAACGGGAAAAGGAACCGGUGUAACAAUGCGAUACUCAGCAUUGAACAUCGUACAUACCGGUUUUUUUAGAGAAUACGAUCAUCUAAAAGAGGUCCAAGAUCUUCGUCAAAGGUUAUCAGACCUUUUGUGUCAAAGAGGAGCUCGAGACUUCAAGCUGAAUUUGACGUGA